GUUUCUAGUUAUUGUAAAGUCAUGACGGUUGUCUUGGAAACGAUUGCCAUAGUUGGUGGAUGCGCAGCGGUUUACAAACUUUACACGGAGAUGCGUCGCACUUUAGAGCCUGCUGAAGAAUCGAUGACAGAAAUCAAGAAAGCCGAUAAAUUAAUGAAAGGUUUUCAAUACAACAAAUUUGAGGAAAAUUACGUAUGUGAAGUCUUUAAAGACAUCUUAGAAGAAGAUUUCCCGGCGUUUGUAAAUGACUUGCAAGAAAGACACAAACUGGACAAGAAAACAACAGCAUCAAUACUUGAUAUAGUGCGCACAGGAGCACGGCACGGAAAUGAAAACCAAUUUAAAUUCAACAAAGGCAAAGGCAACAUGCACUUCGAGCAAGUUAUUGCCCUAAAAACCGAUGGGAAAAUAAAUCUUGCAAUCGCGCGAUACAGCUUGUCGUUUGACCUUAAUGUGAUGUUUGAAGAAUGGCAUCUUUUCGGAUUCAUCCCUAUGAAAAGAAAGGUGAUUGCUGGUAAACGGCCUCUUACCAUGAGUGAAUGUCAGAAAGAGAUAUUCAGAAAGACGUGCCAAGCUAAGUUAUUUAACCAUGUUGCCGAAAAAUGCAAAAACCAAGAAACCGUAGAAGAAACCAAUUCUUAGUUUUCCUUCAGUAAAUGCAAAACAAGUAUUACGAAUCAUUAAAUUAAAUAGGUGUAAAGUAAAACUGAUAAAAAACCUUUUAAUCAGCAUAUAACUGUUUAUAAACUGACUGAAGACAACUGAUUAUUUCCAAGAAAUUUAAUUACAAGCGUAUAUGCCAUAGCAAUGAUACAUUAUACUUAAUCGAACUUAAAGACAGUGGUGCCUAAAUUACUUUGAAUUUGUACUCGAGUAAAAGUAGAAAUAAUUGACAAUAAAACGACUUGAGUAAGAGUAAAAAGUACUGGAGGCAAAACGUACUUAAGUCAAAAGUACAAAGUAUCCAUAAAAAUACUUGGAGUACAAAGUAAAAAUAAAAUUACUAUUGUCUCUAGCGUGUGGAGGGGUGGGGGGCGUAUCCAUUGAUGGAUUGAGAUACAAAACAGCACACGCAUUAUAACUAUGCAAUAUUUCACGGCAUGCAUGGUCUAGUUUCCAGACCGCCUUGAAGAUAUAAGAAGUCCAUUAAAUAAAUAAUACUUAUAAGUAGCCACAAACGAGAGAUCCCAGACCCAUGUAGAGGUCUUAUUACCUGUCCCAAAAUUAAAAUAAAUCACGUAAAGUUAAACAAAAAUUAGAAAGUAACGAAAUACUUCGCCACAAAAUGAAAAUAACGAAGUAAAACGUUACUUCUUAAAACGACUCCAUUCCAAGUAAAAGUUCUGCAGAAAAAGUUUACUUUGUUACAUGCUGACUUCUCAAAAAUAGUACCCAAGUACAGUAACGAAGUACAUUUACUUCGUACAUUUACUUCGUUACUUGACACCACUGCUUAAAGAAGACAAUUCUGUAAUCUUUGUUCUUCAUAGAAUAUGAAAAAUUCUCAGAAUUUAGAAAGACAUUGAUAUAAACGGUGAUCAGUUAUGACGUAUGCUAAUAAAAAUAAUGCAUGAGCACUCAUUAUGUAAUGAACUUACAGUAAAUAUUCAAUUACACAUUUUUGUUGGAAUCGAUCAAAUGGGACAUUGUGCUUGUUGUCAAGCUGGGUGAAAUAGUACUCAUUUUAAAAUCCCUCGCGCUUACAGUUACCUAUAUAGCAAUGCAUUUCAAAAGUAUACAAUUACGGAGAUUUAAAUAAC